CCCUCUCUCUCUCUCUCUCUCUCUCUCUCUUUUUCUGCCUCUCUCUCACCAGUGUCAUUUCCAAGUCUGAGAUCCAUGUGGCUACUGCACCGGCACGUUUAUCGUCAGCAGAGGGGAUAAGGGAUAAAGGGGGUGAGUGAAAAAAAAGGGGCAAAAACAGCGCUACAUAGUAAGCACAUGUGCAGAACAUUUAGUACCCUGGAUGAUACGAGAUGAGAGGGGUGGCUUGAAUUAGGAGGAAUACGACGCGAUUUAAAGUCUACCGACAGGAUUUCCAGCCGAUCACUGGCCGUUUUUUUUUUGGAAAAACCUUAAAACAGGAUCUCAAGUGCUACUGUGUGAUGCCCACAUGCAGAAAUGACCACUGAUCAGGAUCUACCUAUGGACGGCCAGUCGGCCACAGCCAUGUUUGCUUCAAAGGGCAUCGAUGUAACAGCAAACAAAGACCAAGGCGUUAUCAAGGUUGUGAAGCGUCAGGGGCUGGAUGGAGACCGGCCGAUGAUCGGGGACAGAGUAACUGUUCACUACUCCGGGAAACUUCUGAAUGGGAAGAAGUUUGACUGCAGUCGAGACCGCAAAGAACCUUUUUGCUUCAAUGUGGGCAAAGGACAAGUUCUGAAGGCCUGGGAUGUUGGUGUGUUGUCUAUGCACAGAGGAGAGGUGUGCACGUUCCUAUGCAAACCUGAAUACGCUUACGGCACCGCCGGCAACCCUGACAAGAUUCCUUCCAACUCUCCGGUAGUGUUUGAGAUGGAGCUACUCAAGUUUGAAGGAGAGACGCUUACACAUGACAGCGGCAUUCUGAGAAGAAUAAAAGUCAAAGGAGACGGGUACACUAAUCCAAAUGACGGAGCAAGUGUUGACGUGCACCUGGAGGGAAGCUGUGGCGGUCGGUUGUUUGACUGCAGGGACGUUAGCUUCAUAGUGGGUGAGGCUGAAGACAAAGGUGUCCCUCUCGGCGUGGAUCGAGCCAUGGACAAGAUGCAGAAAGGAGAGUGCUGCCUACUUUAUUUACAACCAAAGUACGGCUUUGGAAGCGAAGGUAAACCAGAGUACAAAAUUGGACCAGACAAAGAAAUUGUGUACGAAGUUACCCUCAAAGACUUUAAAAGGGCGAAAGAAUCCUGGGAAAUGGACUUGAACGAAAAGCUGAGCCUGGCUUUUGGAGUGAAGCAUAAAGGGAAUCAUUAUUUUAAGUCCGGGCGGUAUCAGCAGGCAGUCAUCCAGUACCAGCGCAUCAUUUCCUGGCUAGAAAUGGAGUGUGGUACUGGGAUAGAGCAGCAGAAGAGGAUACAGGACUUUCUCCUGACGUCUCAUCUCAAUUUAGCGCUGUGUUUCCUGCGGAUAAAAGAGUUCUCACAGGUGGUGGAGAACUGCAACAAGGUAAUAGAGCUGGAUGAAAACAACGAGAAGGCUUUGUAUCGUCGUGGGGAAGCCCGUCUCCUUCGUAACGAGUUCAGCCUGGCCAUGGCGGACUUUCAGCAAGUGCUCCAAGUCAACCCCUCAAACCGGGCAGCUCGUGCUCAGAUUUCCAUCUGCCAAAGCAAGAUUAAGGAACAUCAUGAGCAGGACAAGAAAACCUACGCAAACAUGUUCCAGAAAUUUGCAGAAUCUGAUGCCAAGACUGGGAAGACGAGGAGGAGGAGGGACGAGAGCUUGAGGAGCAGCAUGAACGGUGAAGUGGGCACUAAACGACGACGGAGGAGUCAAGACUGUCCUUCAUAUUGACGCUUUGAAGGGAGGGAGAAAAAAGAAGCCUGUCUUGCCACUUGCUUUCUAAGCCCUGAAAGAGAAGUCAGGGACAACAUUGUUCAAGGCCUGAAUCCAAACCUCUUUCUCCAAAUCCAACGUUACCAUUCCUGCAUUUAAAGCAGAGGUUAAAUGGGGACAUUUGCAAACUGAACAGCAUUUCUCCUGUCUCACCCACUCUGCAACUGCCAGGACUAAACCUCCAGUGGAUUUAUCACUGCAGACUCAAUGAGUUGAGAUCGUCCAACACUUCAAGCCCCAGCUUUGUUUUUUGAAAAUGUUUUAAUUUAUUUCUUCAAAAACACAGAGAAAUUCCAUUUUAUCUGUCAACAGGCUGCUGUGUAGAGCUGAGAUGUGCCUCCACAGUGUGUUUCUAACUCCAAAACUGUGCUCUGACUUGUAUUUUAUAUUAAGCAUUUUCUUGGGCAGCUGCAUGCAUGUGUCAUGAGGUGUUUGGGAUUCAGACUUGAAACUUUGCAAUUUUUUUCAUGUGCAAUAUGUACUUUGUAACAAGUCUUUAAACUAGCUUUGGAUCAUAAAAGAAACCAUUCAUAAUGUUAGACAGCCUGCUUUCAUUCACUGGCAGACACUGAAAAUACAGAAGAGGUUUAAGUAAUACGAUCUCAGGACUCACAAUGAAUGAAAACUUCUCCAAAUGUUAUAUUUCAAUAUUGUCAUAAAUCACCCAUAGGCCAUAGCAAGCUCAAGUUUCUUAUAGACAAAGGCAAAGAGAGGAAUCUGAAAGAACAAAAGCGAAGAUAACACAUUAGGUCCAACAUGGAAAAUUCACAAUUACUAUCACUGUAUGAGUUUCUGCUAGUUAUCACUGAUUUAAUCAGAGAAUAAAUUGUUACAUUUAACUAACACCUACAAAGAUGAACUGGUACAUUUGAAAAAAAAAAA